UGAAAACAAACAAAACCACUAACACUUUUUCUUGUUUCUUUAUCACUUCCCCAAUCUGCAUCGCUGUAACCUUCCAACUGACCUUUUCUUUUUUCAAAACAAAUCCCUAAGUCUUUCGUAUCGUUUAAAUACCGCAAUACUUUUUUUCCGACCUUCCAUACCAUAGCGGUUGGUUUAUCCAAGUAUCUACUCAGAUAUGAUACUGAUGCCCGUUUGCACCGCAAUAGUUAAGCGUCGCUUUACGCUAAGCUUUCCUUAAAUUUUUAAAUCGGUUUGCACCGUUGUUUAAGCUACGCUUAUUCUCAGCUUAAUUUAAGCGUUCAAUAUUCGGAGUUUACCGGUUAAGCGUAGCUUUAAAUUACGUGAAAAAAUUUAUUUGUCAUUGUGUGACGUGAAAAUUGUGAAAACAUGGAUAUUUUUGACGACGAUGAAGAUAUGUUUGGAAAUGAUGCAGAAAUAUUAGAGAUUGUUGAUUAUGGAUUUCCUAAACGGAUAUAUCUACGGCGCAAUCAUUUUGAAGAUUUGGAUAACCUUACAUUUUUUCAACGAUUUCGUUUAACAAAGAAUACUGUUUUAAACAUUUUACCACUAAUUGAAGAAAAGCUUGAAUAUCCUACAGACAUAAAUAACAGCUUAAGCCCUAUGGACCAAUUAUUAACAUGUCUACGUUUUUAUGCUACAGGUGGACAUUUGUCAACCAUAUCAGAUUUUAUGGGGACUCAUGUUUCUACAUCAUCAAGAAUUAUUAAAAAUGUUUCAAUUGCAUUAGCUAGUCUAUCUCAUGCUUACAUAAAAAUGCCAACAGAAAAUAAUAUUCAAAAAAUACAAAGAGAUUUUUAUAAUAUUGCAUUAUUUCCAAGUAUUGUAGGAUGCAUUGAUGGCACCCACAUAAAGAUACAAUCUCCAGGAGGAGAAGAUGGUGAGAUAUUCAGAAACAGGAAAGGCUAUUUCUCUAUAAAUGUCCAAGUUGUGGGAGAUUCUGACCUUAAGGUGCAAGAUAUUGUAGCACGAUGGCCAGGAUCAACACAUGACAUGACUAUUUAUUCAAAUAGUAGAAUACGUGCUAGGCUAGAAGGUGGAGAAUUUAGAAAUGGAAUUAUUCUAGGUGAUAGUGGUUAUGGUGUAGGUAAAUAUCUGCUAACACCAUUACAAAAUCCAGAAACUGCAGCAGAAAAAUUGUACAAUAAGGCCCAUAUCACAACACGAAACUCUACGCAGAUCAUUUNAAGCUAUGGAACGCACCUACUAAAUCCAUAG